GAGAGAGCAGCUCUCCGCUCUCGUCUUCCUCCUGCUGGACGCAGCGUCUCUGCCAGAGCUUACACGACAGGCUGACGUGCAGGACAAGCUGAGCGCAUGUCGCCUUGCCGCAGCCAGGACUGCCUGCUUGUCCUCCACCGACCACGUCCACAUCUGUACCCAUCACAGUGGAAGAGGAGUGGACCGAGAUCCAGGCGGCGAUGUGGGAUGCUGCUUCUACGCAUUAAUGCAGAGUUUUGAGAGAGGCUCCGGUUCGUAGAGGAGACCAGCAGGACGACAUUGUGGAUGGACAGAAGUUGACCGCGGAAGGACAAAGGAUGAUCUUAGGGAGUGUAAACCGAGCGGGGCCGGUCCCCGCCUUCCUCAGGAGCCCGGCCGUCCUCCCCCCGUCCCCCCUGGACAUCAAGCCCUUCCUGCAAUUCCCCCUGGAGUCGCCGCACCCUGCCACUGUGGGCGUCUUCCACAGCUUUAACACGAUGGACCCCGUCCAGAAGGCUGUCAUGACGCACACCUUUGGACCUCCCGUGCUGAAGACAAAGCGGCCCAUCAUCUCCUGCAAUGUCUGUCAAAUCCGCUUCAACUCGGAGAGUCAGGCAGAGGCGCACUACAAGGGGAACCGCCACGCUCGCAGAGUGAAGGGCAUGGAGACAGCCAGGACAGUUCGCCCUCAAGAUGGCGACAAGCAGCACCCUCCCCCGACAACCUCACCCUCCCCGCCAGGGCCCUCACCAUCCAGACUGGAUCCUGGUGCGAAUAAGCAGGAUGACCCCCAAUCAUGUCCCAGCUCAGAGUCACCUUUGACCCCCAGCCAACUGUCCACAUCUGGGGCCAGCUCAGAGUGUCCCUUCUUGGCAUCCGUGGACGCACCCCUGACAUCCUCCCUGGUACCCGCCCCCAUCCUGAGCACGGCAGCUGCGGACUCAGCAGGGGCCGUCCUUCCUGACACGCCGUCCCCGGCACCCAGCCCUCCCUCUGGAGAGUCAGAAGAGGAGAAAGCUAAGAAGCUUCUCUACUGCUCCUUGUGCAAAGUGGCAGUGAACUCCCUCUCCCAGCUGGAGGCACAUAACAAAGGUACAAAACACAAGACCAUUCUGGAGGCCCGGAGGGGACUGGGGCCCAUUAAAGCGUACCCACGACUGGGCCUGAAGGGCAGCCCCGAGCAAGGAGGGGAGCUCUCCUCUGACCCCAACGCUCAGGAACGAACCUUCCACUGUGAGAUCUGCAACGUCCGAGUCAACUCUGAGCUUCAACUGAAACAGCAUAUAUCCAGCCGCAGGCACCGAGAUGGAGUCGCAGGGAAACCCAACCCUCUUCUCAGUCGCAACAAGAAGCGUGCAGAUUUCAUGGAACUUCCAAAAACUCUGGGGGCGGGACUUUUACCAAAUCCACUGGCCAUGGCCGCCGCCAUGGCCGCCGCCGCGUCCUCCAAUCAGAUGGCAUUACGAGCUCCCGGCCCGGCCACCCACCCCCAUCGCCACCUCCUGCAGGGGGCAACCCUCAGCCUGCUGAGACCCGCCCCGGGGCCGAUUCGCACGACGCACGGGCCAAUCCUCUUCACUCCGUACUGAUAGUGGGAGUAUGAGGAGGAGUCGGGAAGAAGCACACUGUGAAAGGGGAGAGGCGGACCCGCUCGGCAUUUCAUUCUAGUCAGACUGACACUUGAUGGUGCAUUGUCCACCUGCAGGCCGCCACCUUAACAGGAAGAAGCAGAAAGCUUCAUCCUGCAACAUGAAAUAUCCUUUCAAUCAAGCAUGGAUUUCCACCGUAUCUUAAACCCUACCUCGGAAAAUCCCAAUCCUGUUCGCACCCAAAGCAUCAACACCCUAGUGACAAAAAGAGAACCCCUCUGGGUUCUCUGGCCUUCUGGUCUCCUCUGAUGUUAGCUUAGAAAUCCCUGUCAUGGUGUUCCCCUUUUUGUGCUCUAAGGAUGUGACUCUGUACUGCAGGUCUUACCAGCUGGCCUCCUGGGGGGGCCACAGAUGGAGCGAUGAGGUCAAGAACUGACUACAGCCUAGGCAUGGUGAAGAGGUCAAGGAGUCAAGUACUGCGCUGGAGGUGUUUCCAUUUGCGCCUUGAGAGGUUCAUCAGGGUAGAUUAAGGCCCUGUCCACACGGGACGGGGGUCCACACGGCGUUGGAUGGGUGAAUGGUCACAGGAAGGCAAGCAUGCAAACGUUCACUUAGCAUCCUUCAUGGAUUUCUAAAUGAUUGACGUACACCAAAGAACUGGUGGACUUCAGGAGUGAAAUGAGGUUUGUGAAAUGUGCAUCAAAUCACAUUUAGACAGGAGCAAAAAUAUGGCCACCCCUAGAGAAAAACUCCUAUUACUACUGAGCCUCCUUGAGCCUCCUUUUGUAAGUAGGAGCUCUUAGAUGCUAAAUGUUGAAGGAAGCACGGUGACAGCAGUUCCCUGGCCUUCCCUGGUUGUUCCUGUGAUGUUCCUCACAGUGGAAUGUGAACCCCGAAAAAGCCUGUUAUGGCAAGCCAUGGUAAACCAUGAACAAUCCUCAUUGUCAGGAUGUUUUGGGGUGUGAUUGGACGACCCCAUGCUGGCCAUUUUGUCUUCCAAAUAACCAGUGUCAGGUAGAUCGAGGUAUUCAAAUCAACAAAAAGAGAUUCCUGCACCUGACUAAUUUGGUUUUGAUAAAUAUUGCACAUAUUUUCUUUUAAUCCAAUAAAGUUGGGUUCAUUCAUAUGACCCAAAAUGACCGUCGGUGGGGGUGGGAACAUAGACGGGGGUUAACUUGAGAGCUCUUCAGACAGUCCGGUACAGCGGACAGAAAGCUUUCAGUAUCUCAGAGAAAGACUUUGAACACUGUGAGCACAGCCCGACAAAGCGUGAGUGACAUAGUAGCAGCUAUUUGCAAUAUAGGCACACACACACACACACCAAGACUCUGAGGUCGAUGUCUGUGAAUAUUCUCAUUCAUCCAGGUCGAUCAUUGUUCUCCCAGGUCAUUGAACCUAUCGUAACUGGACUCUUCAGGUUUCUUAGAAGACGUUUAGGCUUCAUCAGUUCAUGCUAAAAGACUAGAUAGGACAGUCUAUCCAGGCUAUUUGGUCUCUCAAGUGGAGGCCCCAACACAGAACUCUAAUGUUGCUGGAUUGUCCCAGGGAUGAUUGCCCAUAAACAAUAUGAUUGUUAACAUUACCCUUGAGGGCAUUGUUCAUGAAUGGAAUGAAACUGUAUGGCAUAACAAUGAUCAUCGGAAUUGGGAUGUCAAAUAAACGUGCAGGCAAACAUGACGUCAAACAUUGGUUCCCCAAAGCGUACAGAUUGGGGAACAUGGAUCGGUCGAAACCUGGAAUCAUAUUUCUCACGAUUGUCUGAAUAUUAAAAUAUAUAUGUAAAAUACAUAUACAGUAAACCUCGGAUAUAUCGGAUUCAAUUGUUCCCACUGGUUUUGUCCGAUAUAAGCGAAAUCCGUUAUAUGCGUAUACCGGAAAAUGUCCGUUUUACGCAUAUAUUGGAUUUAUAUCCGGUAUAUGCGUAAAUCGGAUUUUAUCCGUUAUAAAAAGGCACUUCCUUGACUAUGUUUCCAAUGUACCUGGACGCGCAGGCAACGCUGCAAACGCUGCAAAUGACGUCGUAUAGCGGCCUGUCACGAUUCGGCGAAUCGGAGCGCCACGAUGCGGCCAUCCGAUAUAUGCGAGGGAAAUUUAAUGGAAAUGCAUUGGAACGGGACUGGAGAUUUUGUCCGAAAUAGGCGAAAUCCGUUAUAAAAAAUCUGAUAUAUGCAAUGAAUUUUUAUUGGAAAUGCAUUACAGAAGAAUCGGUUCUUUUUUAUCUGUCCGUUGUGAGCGAAUUUCCGAUAUAUCCGAGUCCGAUAUAUCCGAGGUUUACUGUAUAUAUAUAAAAUACAUGAGCAUAUCCACGCCCUGGGUGGCCUUUUAGCGACAUUGUGAGGUGGAAUACGCUGUUGACCUCCAAUGAAGUGGAAGCUUCUGUGGCAGUUUGGAUGUGUUUGGUGCUCGCUGAGCUGAAAGCUAAGUUCCAGCCUUUUGUAUGAUUUAUUUCACCUUUAUGACGACAUGCAAACGGGUGGAAAGUGACGCCAGAUGGUGUCAGAUGGCGAAGUCUUCCAUGGUGUAGCACACCACACACACAACUAGCAAGUAGUGGGACAAACAGACCAAAUAACUGACAGGUGGGUUCACGCAUGCCGUUCAUUCUGCUAUAGAACCAACACUCCCGGGUGUUGACACACAUGCACAGAGUGAAUUCAAACGAGUCAAUAUAUCAACUUCCUUUUGACUCCUUCUGCAGUGAAUUGACUUAGUGAUUAUCGUUAGAGGCCUGGAUACGGACCCAGGUAUGCAGAACCAGUUGAGACUGUCAACUCGAUGUCCAGCGUGACCAUUAAGCCACCAGGUAGGGAGGCUUACCAGCGUACCCCCAAACCUCGCUCUCAUCCAGGUCGUGGAAUCAAUGUAACACACCUGGUUCUACCAGCCUGGCGCUCCGCCCGGGCCCCAGAAUGAGAGUCCAGAGUGCUAGCCAUCGAGCUAAAAGUGGAUAUCCGGGUUUUACUAGCUUGCACCCUUGUCAUAAAUACUCCCGUUUUGGCAUCAUCCCCUAGCCCCAUUGUGGUUCCGGUCCUGAUCCAGUCCGGUUUGCCCGGUUGUGAGCCUACAACAGAUUGUUGAGGCCUGGGGUCAGACUCAAGCUGUCCCGAACUGAUGAAGCCUGCUCAGAUGAGAGACCAAGAUCUUUGAGGACAACUUGGACAGUCCGCUUGCAGUGGAUUCGGCACCCUGAGACAAAGCAGCAUCAUGUGGUACAGACGAGUAGCAAAAAAUACGCUAGCUCUGCGUGUGUGUCCAGACGUAGCAAUGUGGUCUCCUUGUGCCGCUUUUCGGAGCCGACACGACCCUGAAGUAUCCCCAUCAGGGCGGCGCGUCAAAGACGGGAAGCUUUAGCAAAACAAAACUCUAGCAAUACUUUCUGCUCUUUUCAUGUGAAAUGCAAUAAAAAUAUAUUCAUUGUUUUUAGGAGUUGUGUGUAGAAAUAUUGCUGUAAUGUAGUUUUUCAGGAAAAAAGGUGUGUGGGGGGGGUUCCAAAUUGUUGCAUUCUAAUAGAAUUGUACACCGAAUCAUUAA